AUUACAUGUGCAGGGCCAUUUGCUAAAGGGGACUCGGGUCAGAAGGAGACAUUAUAGUGAAAAUGAUGGGUGAGAUGGCAGAUCCAAUCCAGUUCAAAGAUGAGGGGAACAAGCAUUUCCAAGCCGGUGAGGUCGACAAGGCCAUUGAGUGUUACACUAAAGCCAUCAAGUUGUGCACGGACAAAAAGGUUCUCGCCGUUGUCUACAGGAACAGAUCAGCCUGUUUUCUGAAAAAGGAAAGCUACACCAAUGCAGCCUCCGAUGCCUCCAAAGCCAUUGACGUGGAUGCAGCAGACGUCAAAGCCCUGUUCCGGCGCUGCCAGGCUCUGGAGAAGCUGGGCAAGCUGGACAUGGCCUUUAAAGAUGUCCAGAGGUGUUCCACCAUCGAGCCCAAAAAUAAGACCUUCCUGGAGACCCUCAGGAGGCUGGGGGCUGAGAUCCAAGCCAAGCUGAAGACAACCUUCUCCACAGACUCACGGGUUCAGAACAUGUUUGACAUUCUGCUUGAUGAGGAGAUGGACAAGGACAAGAAGGAAAUGGCUGCUAACAACCUGGUGGUUCUGGCCAGAGAAGAAGCUGGCGCAGAGAGAAUCUUCCAGAACAAUGGAGUGCCUCUGCUACUGGAUUUGCUUGAGACCGGAAAAGUAGAGAUGGUCCUGGCCGCUAUCCGCACCUUCGCUGGAAUGUGCACUGGACACAAAGCUCGGACCAUGGCCAUUAUCCACCUGGUGGGCAUAGACAAGUUGUGCAGCAUCAUGGCUGUCGACAAUGAGGACAUUGCCUUGGCAACCUGUGACCUGUUCCAGUGCAUCAAUGACUCCCUCACUGGCGGAGACCGGAGGUUUUAUGGGAAGGAGGAAGCCCUGGUUUUGGAUGCAAGCAAGGACUUGAAGAGCAUCCUGAUGGCCCUGCUGGAGAUGGUUGCCAGUAAGAAGGUUUCAGGACAUGGCAGAGACCAGGCCCUGAACCUACUGACCAGAAACGUGCCUCGCAAGGACAAGAAAGACCCUGACCACUCCAAGAGCCUCUUUACGAUCGACCACGGUCUGAAGAAGAUCUUGAAGGUGUGUGGCCAGAUACCUGACCUCCCAGACCAGCUGCCCAUGACAGAGAACACUCAGCUCAUCGCCAGCGUGCUCCUCGACAAGCUCUGGGACGACCUGCGCUGCGACCCAGAGAGAGACAACUAUAGGGAAGUCUGUGACGAGUACAUCAAAGGCAAGUUUGACCCCAACGACAUGGACAGGAACAUCCAUGCCAUCAAUGCUCUGUCAGGCCUGCUGCAGGGCCCCUUUGAGGUGGGCAACCAGCUGGUGGGUCGCCAGGGCAUCAUGGAGAUGAUGGUGGCACUGUGCGGCUCCGAGCGUGAGGUGGACCAGAUGGUCGCAGUGGAAGCACUGAUCCACUCCUCGACCAAGAUGAGCCGCGCCUCCUUCAUCAUCACCAACGGUGUGUCACUGCUCAAAGACAUCUACAAGAAGACGAAGAACGAUAAGAUCAAAAUCCGUGCGCUGGUGGGUCUGUGUAAGCUAGGCUCAGCAGGUGGAGAUGACUAUAGUAUGAGGCAGUUUGCUGAAGGCUCCACUGAGAAACUGGCCAAGCAGUGUAGGAAGUGGUUGUGUAACUCUGCCAUGGACACAAGGACCAGGAAGUGGGCUAUAGAAGGUUUGGCCUACUUAACCCAAGACGCUGAUGUAAAAGAUGACUUUGUUGAGGACGAUCCUGCCAUGAAAGCCAUGUUUGACCUGGCCAAGUCUAAAGAUAAGACCAUCCUGUAUGCUGUGGCCUGUACCCUGGUCAACUGCACCAACAGCUAUGAGAAGAAAGACAUCAUGCCUGAGCUGGUUCAGCUGGCCAAGUUCUCCAAGCAGCACGUCCCUGAGCAGCACCCCAAGGACAAGAAAGAUUUCAUCCAGAAGAGAGUGAAGAGGAUGCUAAAGGGAGGGGUCAUCUCAGCUCUCACUGUCAUGGUGAAAGCUGACAACGUUCUCCUGACUGACCAGACCAAAGAGAUGCUGGCAAGGGUGUUCCUUGCCUUGGCAGAUGAUCCCAAAGACCGUGGCACUAUUUGCGCCCAUGGAGGGGGCAAGGCUCUGAUCCCACUGGCUCUGGAGGGAUCAGCUAUAGGGAAAAUAAGGGCCGCACAUGCCCUGGCCAAGAUCGCUGCUGUCUCCAACCCAGAGAUCGCAUUCCCUGGAGAGAGGAUCUAUGAGGUGGUGCGUCCUCUGGUCAGCCUAUUGCACCCUGAAAGAGAUGGGGUGCAGAACUACGAGGCACUUCUGAGUCUCACCAAUUUGGCUGGUCUCUGAGGUGAGGGUCUGGUGAAGAUCCUGAAAGAGAAGGCUCUCCCUGAGAUUGAGCAGUACAUGUUUGAAGACCAUGACCAUAUCAGACAGGCAGCCACAGAGUGCAUGUGCAACCUGGUGACGUGCAAAGAGGUGCAGGAUCGGUACCUGGAGGAUGGGAAUGAUAGACUGAAGCUGCUGGUGCUGAUGUGUGUUGAGGACAAUGAAAAGCUCCAGAGAGCAGCAGCCGGGGGCCUGGCCAUGCUCACCGCUGCCCAGAAGAAGCUGUGCACCAAGAUGACCCUGGUGACGCUGCAGUGGAUGGAGAUCCUUCAGAGGCUCAUUCUCCAUGAUCAGCCCCAGAUUCAGCACAGAGGCCUUGUGAUCGUGUACAACAUGCUGAACUCGGACGACAACGAGCUGGCCAAGAAGCUGAUGGAGAGCGAGAUCCUGGAGAUCCUGACAGUGAUUGGCAAAGCAAUGGACAACCCCAAGAGGCAGAUUGUAAUCGAUGUGGCACGCACCUGCCUGGUCAAGGCCAUGGACCUCGGGCUCAUCAAGCCCUUCACAACCCCUUAAACCAGUGUUCCUCAACCUUUUUGUAGUACCAGGGACUGGCAUGCAUUGGUCCUACCCCCUCAAAGGCGCAACACCAAGUUAUUUGUCUCUUGUGGCAAUGAGAGGAAAUACAAACCCAAUCAACCAGAAACAAAUAACACACAUACAGAAAUAAGAACCUGUAUGCCAAUUCCAUUCUAGUCCAAUGAGUGCUCAUGUUCCCCCUCUUAUUUGGCGGGUACACCUGCAGAUGCCCAUACCGCCUCACUGCCCUCAGUCCCCUCAAAGUGUCAGGUUAACACUUGUCACAGGACAUUGAACUUGCAGAUCGUACCUUUUAAAAAAAAAAAAGAAAACUACAACUUGAGAGCUAAUUACAGUAACUUUCUUAUGGACUGAUGAGAUUCAUCCCACAGAUCGAGGUCCAGAGAUGUAAGGUUGUAGGCCUAUGGACAGGGAGGCAAGGCGAUAGGACCGAUCAACCUGAGCAAUUAAAGCAGGGUCUGCUCUCCUGAAUUCAGAGACCAUACAAAUAUAUUUAUCUGAGUUUUCAGUCAGUUAAGUAAAGUGUAUUUGUGUUGAUGAGAGGUGUUUGUUUAAUGUAAUUUUUCACUUAAGGAUAAAGAUUGGAUUUUUAGGAAAA